GUUUGAACUACUUAGGACGAAAGGAGUGGGGUUCAAGGCUACAUAUCCGUGGUUAUAAAGUGGUUUGUUGCAACUGGGAUAAUGGGGGCUACGAACAAGCUGGAAGACAAAAAUGUGGUUUCUGAUUCUGGCAGUGACUCAGACGACUCUGCGCCAGAGAUAGAAGAUUCUAAGGAACAAAGCGAUGCCAAAGUUUCACAUAUGACCGACGAAUUACUCAGUCGAUGUAAGCAGUCCAGAAGUGAAAAAAAAGCUAGGAAAGCUAUGUCGAAGCUGGGAUUAAAAUUAGUACAGGGAGUUUGCCGCGUAACUAUACGGAAAGCAAAGACCAUUAUGUUUGUAAUCAAUAGGGCAGAGGUCUAUAAAUCAUCUGCCUCGGAUACAUACAUUAUAUUUGGUGAGGCUAAGGUAGAAGAUAUAUCAGCCCAAGCUCAGAUAGCUGCAGCUGAAAAACUUCGUAGUCAAGCUAUGGGAGGUGCUGAGUUAGGGACUUCCAGUGGUCUAUCAAAAGAUACAGUUUCAUCUAUCUCGAAGACUGCCAUCGCAGAAGAGUCUGAAGAUGAUGAAGAGCCUGAUGCUACUGGAUUGGACGAGAAAGAUGUUGAACUCAUUAUGCAGCAAGCUGGUGUAUCGCGUGGCAAAGCUAUUCGAGCACUUCGUGAAAAUAACGAUGAUGUGGUCAAUGCUAUUAUGUCACUCACAGGAUAGCCGGAAAAUUAUAAUGACCUGUGAUUUGUGUCGUUAAUAAUUCAAUCAUUAUUUUUGAAAACUAUUUCUCACAGCAUCGUAUUCUUAGUAAAUUUUUUUCACUGGUUUCGAACUUUUACAUUAUUUGAUCGCUUGUCUUUUUUUGCAUUUUCUCAAGAAGUACAGACAUAACACAGAAGAAUGCAAAGCAUUUUCAGUAGUGGUAAACUAAUUUAGAUUAAUAAUGUUGCCGAAAUUUAACGUUAGGUCCAACUUCAUCUCCACUUAUGUAUUUUUUUGGUCGUCACUAAUUAAUUCUGAAAACUUGUUCCUUGAGAACAAUAGUAUAUGGGUUAACCUUACGUCUAGGUCACUGACAAUUGUGGUUGUAACUCACCAAGUACAUACUUUUGUACUUGAUCAAAGUAAAAUAGAUGAAAAGCGUUCGUGCACCAGGUCUGUUAAAAAUUGAAUGGCUUCAUUAUAGUUGUUACGAAAAGUAACUUGCCUGAAUCGUUUAAUUGUUCAUCUCAUGCUAAUAUGCAUAGAAACAUUAUUUGGAAUGUUAUGUCACUACUGUGUAUGCUUUCGUAGUCUUGGUUAGCGGCUGCCUUCUAUUGUGUACCAGGUAAUUGUACCGUAAAGAAACGAGUUGAACAGAUUUGAGGAGCUUUUCAUUUUGUAUACUGC